AUGAACAUCCACACUGGAGAGAAACCGUUCACAUGUGAUCAGUGUGGGAAUAGUUUCACAAAAUCUUCAAACCUUAAAGAACACAUGAACAUCCACACUAGAGAGAAACUGCAUGAAUGUGAUCAGUGUGGAAAAACAUUUUUGAGGGCUUCAAACCUGAAGAAUCACCUGAAAGUUCAUACGAAAGAGAAACCACAUUCAUGUUCUUUAUGCGGAAAGAAUUUUUCACAGCUGCAUAUAUUAAAACUACAUAAGAUGAUACAUGCUGGUGUGAGAGAUCAUAUGUGUUUUGAGUGUGAGAAGACUUUUUUUACAGCUGAUCAAUUGAAACUGCACCAGAGGAUACACACUGGAGAGAAACCUUACAAGUGUCCACACUGUGAAAAGAGAUUCAGUCAGUUAGAAACCCUGAAAAUGCAUGAAAGGAUCCACACUGGAGAGAAACCUUACAAGUGUUCACACUGCGACAAGACUUUCAGUCAGUUAGGAUCCCUGAAAAAACAUGAGAGGAUCCACACUGGAGAGAAACCUUACAAGUGUUCACACUGCGACAAGAGAUUCAGUCGGUCAGAAACCCUGAAAACACAUGAGAGGAUCCACACUGGAGAGAAACCUUACAAGUGUCCACACUGUGAAAAGAGAUUCAGUCAGUUAGAAACCCUGAAAAUGCAUGAAAGGAUCCACACUGGAGAGAAACCUUACAAGUGUUCACACUGCGACAAGACUUUCAGUCAGUUAGGAUCCCUGAAAAAACAUGAGAGGAUCCACACUGGACAGAAACCUUACAAGUGUUCACACUGCGACAAGACUUUCAGUCAGUUAGGAUCCCUGAAAAAACAUGAGAGGAUCCACACUGGAGAG